AAUUUUUCACGAGCACAUUUCAUUUCGCUUUUUCGAAGACUAACCGGAACCCUAACAAUCCUUUGAGAUUGAGAUUGAGAUAUCUCGAAGAUUGAAGAAUGGUGUGCAUACGAAAGGCGACGAUAGACGAUUUGCUUGCAAUGCAAGCAUGCAAUUUGCUAUGCCUACCAGAGAACUACCAGAUGAAGUACUAUUUUUACCACAUACUUUCGUGGCCGCAGCUUCUGUACGUUGCUGAAGAUUACAACGGUAAGAUAGUGGGAUAUGUAUUAGCUAAAAUGGAAGAGGAAACCACAGAAUGUCAUGGACACAUCACCUCCUUAGCGGUACUCAGGACUCACCGUAAACUUGGUAUAGCUACUAAGCUCAUGACCGCUGCUCAGAAUGCCAUGGAACAGGUGUUUGGAGCAGAGUAUGUCUCUCUGCAUGUGAGGAAGAGUAACAGGGCUGCAUUUAAGCUGUAUACAGAGACAUUGGGAUACAAGAUUCAUGAUAUGGAAGCCAAGUACUAUGCAGAUGGGGAAGAUGCUUAUGAUAUGAGGAAGGAAUUGAAGGGCAAGAAGCACCACCAGCAUCAUCACCAUCAUCAUGGUGGUGGCUGUUGCUCUGGUGAGGCGAAGGUCGGAGCAGCAGAAGCAAAAGCAGCAUGAUUGUGAAUGUGAAGUUUGGGAUUAACAAAUUGUCCCGAGUCAAUUUGCUUACAAGAAAUACAUGUUACUAUUGUAUGUUUUCGAUGUGAAACAACUACGCCUUUGGAAGGUUGGAACGUCGUACAAUUGACAAUUUUGGUUUCUAUGAUAUAGUUUUCAUCCUUCAUAUCUAUUUUCUGAGGAAAUGUUGAAAUUCCAAAAGUUUCAAUCUUGAUUGCUACUGUUUUACCUUA